AAGUACAAAGCAAGAUCAGUGAUACUCAUUGAAGUACAAGUCAUGGGCUGUUUUCCCUGUACUGGGAAGUCAAGCAAAAACGGAAGGAAGAAGCUCAAGAGGCCUGAUGAUCAGAUCCCAUCAUCUUCAGAUAAAACAAAGCAAUUGACUCUGGAUAUAAAGAAGGAGAUCGCAAAGGAUGGAGCCUCUGAUCACAUUGCAGCACAUACUUUCACAUUUCGUGAAUUGGCUGCUGCAACAAAAAAUUUCAGAGCAGAUUGUCUUUUGGGUGAAGGUGGUUUUGGCCGUGUAUAUAAAGGGAGACUAGAGAGUACCAAUCAGAUUGUAGCAAUAAAGCAACUUGAUCGCAAUGGGCUUCAAGGGAACAGGGAAUUCCUGGUCGAAGUAUUAAUGUUGAGCCUACUCCACCAUCCUAAUCUUGUUAACUUGAUUGGGUACUGUGCUGAUGGAGAUCAGAGACUUUUGGUUUAUGAAUUUAUGCCGUUAGGAUCUUUAGAAGACCAUUUACAUGACCUGCAACCUGAUAAAAAACAACUUGACUGGAAUACAAGAAUGAAGAUAGCUGCUGGUGCUGCAAAGGGCUUGGAGUACUUGCACGACAAAGCUAGUCCCCCUGUUAUAUAUCGUGAUUUAAAAUGCUCAAACAUUUUACUAGGUGACGGUUAUCAUCCGAAGCUGUCUGAUUUUGGUUUGGCAAAAUUGGGUCCUGUUGGAGACAAAACACACGUGUCCACAAGAGUGAUGGGAACCUAUGGAUAUUGUGCACCUGAAUAUGCAAUGACAGGUCAGCUUACAAUUAAAUCAGAUGUAUAUAGCUUUGGCGUUGUUCUUCUUGAGAUUAUUACCGGAAGGAAAGCUAUUGACAAUUCUAGAGCUGCUGGGGAGCAUAAUCUGGUCGCAUGGGCAAGGCCCUUGUUCAAAGAUAGAAGGAAGUUUGCACAGAUGGCUGACCCUUUGCUCCAAGGCCAAUAUCCAGUGAGAGGCUUGUACCAAGCUCUUGCUGUUGCUGCUAUGUGUGUUCAAGAACAGCCUAAUAUGCGACCCCUUAUAGCUGAUGUUGUCACAGCCCUUACUUAUCUCGCUGCCCAAAAGUAUGUUCCUGAUAACCAGGCACAAGUCUGUCGUACAGGUCCAUCUACUCCUAGAACUAGAAGGGAACAGUGAAUUUUGUAGCCAAGUAGGAGAAACAUUUAUCAGGAACAGUCAGUCACCUAAGAAGGUUUGUUGCUUGGAAACCAAUGAUAGAUUGCUGUCACCCUGCAAGUUGUGGCAUUAAAGGAUAUAAAAUUGGAGCAGAUUUAUGUUCAUUAUUCCAAGAUCAUUGGAUUGAAGUUUAGUAGCAGGCGAUUGUUGGUUGCGCAUGCCAAAGUACAGGUUCUUCGAAUUUUGCGUCACUGAAGAUAGCAGGUAUAUUGCCAAGACCAACUGUGUUUUCUGCAAUAGAAGAUUCUUCUGUUUCCUUUCUUUUUCACCCUAAUUUUUCUUUUUUGGCAUUAAUAUUGAUUAUUAUUAUUAUUUUCUUUGGUCUUCUUGCCUCUCUUUUACAAAUUAUUUUUACUGUACAAUUGAGCUUGGGGCUUUGUAUCUAGUUGUCUUCUAUAUAGAAACUUGUCAAGCUUUUAAAGAGCAUCUCUUUUGCUUGGUAUAA